AUGAGUGCGAAUACCCUAUCUUCGCUUCGAGACAAGUGGAAGCUACCACGCGUCAUGCCAGGCGUCAUGUCAGGCGGAAGUGGGAUUGUUGACAAUGGUGAAGAUGUGGAAGGCUGUGUUCUUGACUACAUUGGUGGCUUGCCAUUCGUUCAGGGUGUUGAUGCACUCAACCGAGUAACUCACCGAGCAGAUAUUCUGGACCAGUUUGGGGCUCUCGAACUCAACGAUUUCAUCAAAGCGCCUAUCGAGCCAAGCAGAAUCAGGAUAACGCAACCGUACACAUAA